AUGGUGAACAUUCUGCAUAGCCAGGGCUAUGGCAAUCUGCUGCGACCGGCGUCGCACGUGGCGCUGGCUUUGUUUGGGAUUUUGGGGGUUCUGAGCCUGCUGUCGAUGCUCUCGAAUUACUCCUUGAAGAAUGUUAGCCUCUCUUCGCAACCCGCCGUGAUGCCGUCUGCACCCUCCGUUCCCACCGCAUCAGCCGUACACAUCGAAUCGAACACAACUACGUCGUCUGCGAUAGCCACGACGACCACAUCAAGCGUACCGACCGCAACUCCGCAACCGGUUGUUGGGAAAGUGUCCAUGGUUUACGGUGAUUUGAUGGUCUUCUACAGAGCGCUGGAAUCACACGAAGAACAUGCCCACCGACAUAACUACCCGAUGUUCGUUCUUCGCCAAAAGGUGCUCGAAGGCGACGGAGUCUGGAACAAGCCUCUGAAGCUCCUGACAACAAUCGUGGAGGAACUAGAGAAGCCAGAGGGCGAGCGACUACAAUGGCUUUUUUGGUUUGACGGAGACACGGUACUGAUGAAUCUCAACCUGCCACUGGAAAUCUUCCUCCCACCCCCAGACCUAGCAGAUGUCAACGUCUUGCUAUCGAGAGACUGGAACGGAAUCAACAACGGAAACUUCUUCAUCCGCGUCCACCCCCAGUCCGUGAACCUGCUCAAUGCCGUUCUCGCAUGGCCCCUCAUGAACCCGGACUCUGCCCUGACGCACGUUCUCGAGGAAAAUGAGGAGUUUUCGCGUGGCGUGGUAUAUUGUCCAUCAAGAUGGUUCAAUCCCUACAAGAGGUCGGAUAAUGGCGAAUUGCCAAUUACAGAGGGCCUGCCGGCCGAUAUGAUCGUGCACCCUGGAGAUCUCCUGGUUCAUUUUGCUGGUGUCCCGGGUGAGGCCCGAGAGCCUGUCAUGGGUGCUUAUAUUAAGAUCUCAGCAGAGGAGCGACCGGAUUGGAGUGCUCCUGUGGAAGAAACUGGCUAUACAAAUGAGACGGCUCGGUUCUGGCAAAGACAUAGAGAGCCAUAG